UCCUCACUUCAGCGGACACUUUCGAAAAACAAGAUGGCGGCCGCCAUGAAAAAUGCGCGUGUAGUAAUGCCUGGCGAUAUUAUAGAUAACGUUCACAAUUUACAAGCUUCCACAGAUAAAAAGUCUAAGCUGAGACUUGGACCCGGUCUUAGACAAGACAAAGACGAUGUAGUAGCUUUUAAAUCAGGCAUUUUGAGRCAUCGAAAUCCAGCUACMUUUUGGAUCGACUGCAGUCAAAAACGAUAUGUACCAGUAAAGGAAGAAAGAGUCAUCGGCAUUAUAACCAACAAAACAGGGGAAAACUUCAAGGUUGACGUUGGAACAAGCAUGGCUGCAUCACUGUCAUUUUUAGCCUUUGAAGGAGCAACUAAGCGAAACAGACCAAAUUUACAGAUAGGYGAUGUGGUGUAUGCAAGACUCAGCGUGGCCAAUAAGGACAUGGAACCUGAACUYGACUGUACUGACGGCGCUGGCCGAAGCACAGGACUAGGGGCACUAUCAGGGGGGUUUAUGUUCACAUGUUCUCUUGGAUUACUCAGCAAAGACUUCAUUCUUCUGCCAUUACUUGGCAAAUACUUCCCAUUUGAAUGUACUGUGGGCUCUAAUGGUAGAGUCUGGAUAAACAGUAAAACGUCAGCUCAUAUCAUAGCAAUAUCUAAUGCUAUCACCAAUGCUGAAUACAUGACAGAGACACAAAUUAGRUCAAUGGUUAGACAGGUCGUUGAAGGAAUUAUGUAGCAGUUUGGAARUAAAAUAUAUUUAUUUAUUUACA